UCUGGUGCAUGUGCUUCCAGCAAAGGCGCGGCAGAGAUGGCAAUAGAAUUUGAGACACUUAAGGUGCCAUACUAUAGGGCUAUCCCACGGGGCCUGGACCUAGAGUCAUCAGUGACCCUGGAAGGUGUCAUUCCACAGCAGAGCAGGGGGUUCCAAGUAGACUUUGCUUAUGGACAGUUCCUUGGAGCCAGCAUCCCUCUGCGGUUCAAGGUCAGCUUUGAGGGACUCCUGUCUUCCCCAGCCAUUGUGACUCUCAACAGCUUCGCAGACAGCCAGUGGGGGAAGGAGGUGACGGUGACAGGAACCCCCUUCCGGCAAAACCAAUGGUUCAAGAUUCAAUUCAUCAUCACCAGACAGGGCUACAAGAUAAUGAAGGAAGACACACUCCUUUGUGACUUCGACCACCGCCUCUCACCAAAGAAGAUCCGUUUCCUGGAGAUAGAAGGGGACCUCCAGCUUAAGAAAGUGGCCUUCAACUGAGAGAGCAGCAAACCAGGAACUUCAGCCUGCCAGCAUUUGGUGCAGGCCAGCGAAUGUGAUAGAAGGGGCUGUGUGAAGUGGGAGCGCUGAGGGCUCCCUGGCCUCAAAACAGAGACAAGGGGAAAUUCUGGGACGAUAAUAAAUUAUACAAAUUGAGCAACACUUCCCUCAUAAUUUAAUCUUUCUCCCCAGAUCCACCAAAACAUGAGAUUUCUUGGGCAAGGAGUGGAAGAAACAUAAAACAUGAGACUUCCUGGAUCAGGCCAGUGGCCCAUCUAGGCCAGCAUCUUGUUCUCAGUGGCCAAGCAGACAGAUGCCCAUAAGCAGACCAGAGUGCAAAAGCAACACUCUCUUGUGUUCCCCAGCAACUGGCACUCAUCAGAGGCAUACUGCUGCCGACUGUGGAGGCAGAGCCAAGCCCUCGUGGCUAGUAGUCAUUGAUAGCCUUCUCCUCCAUGAAUUUGAUUAAACCUCUUUUAAAGCGAUCCAAGUUGGUGGAGCAUCAUGAUCUCUUGUGGGAGAGGAUUCUAGAGUUUAACUCUGCACUGUGUGAAGAAGUCCUUUCUUUUGUCUGUCCUGGAUCUUCCAAUACUCAACUUCAAUGGACGCCUC